AUGAAGUUUGGAAAGUAUCUCGCCUCGAGACAGUUGGAGCUACCUGAGUACUCCGGUCAUUUUAUAGACUACAAGGCUCUCAAGAAAUUGAUCAAGCAGUUGGCCAUUCCCACCACAACUUCCACCAAUGACGAAUCCAAUAGACCGCUCACCCAGGCGGAAAUACAGCAGACACUCAAAGAAAACAAGGCGCUGUUCUUCUUCCGUGUGGAGCGUGAGUUGGACAAAGUCAACUCGUUCUACUUGGAGAAGCAAGCCAAUUUGGCCAUCAACCUCGACUUGUUGGUGAUGAAAAAAAACGAGCUCUUGACCAAAAGUGCCUACUUCAUCAACCAGCAGAAUAACCUGUCAAACGGUGGCGGUCCCACCUCGAAUCCUCUGGCCAAUUCUAUCAACGCCAAUUUCAGAAACUCCAUCUCCUACUUGAACUUGUACCAGAACUUCAAAAAAAUACACCAGGACUUGAUCAGAUUACAGCAGUUUAUAGAGCUCAACGAGACUGGUUUUUCCAAAGUUGUCAAGAAAUGGGACAAACGGUCGAAGUCUCACACAAAGGAGUUGUUCAUCCUGACGGCUGUCUCCGUCCAGCCUGUCUUUCACAAGAACGAAAUCAACGAGUUGUCAGACUUGGUCACACAGUCGCUCUUUGACUUGGAAUCGAUAAUGGACGGUGAUUAUUCAACAUUAAACAACUACUCGUCAUCUUCUCUUGCAGCUACUUCCCCACCUAUACUAAAGGUCUUAUCCAGAACCAACUCCACGUCCAAUAUCAAUAUUCCGAGUGACCCAUCUGAUUCUGCCAGCGAAAGACACCAGUCGAUCAGCUCUUUGCCAAUUCCCGGCAACUUCCCAGCCUCUCGCAAUAGCUCUAUUAUCAACUUACAGAAUAACGAAAUUGACGAGUUAUACUCCAGCUUCGUCAACGUAGCCACCAUUAAGGAUCCAGACUUGUCGAUCUUAUCGAGAUGGGUCGACAAAGUGAAGAGCUCAUCCAAGAGUGGCAGAAAUGAGUCUUCUGCGUCGAUUUCGUCCAGUCUGUCUGGAAAGCCUCAAUUCAACUCUAUAGCCAAAUUCAAGUUGUCCAAGAUCUUUCUAUUAUCAGUUGCAAACUUGAAGAUCUCUGACAGCUUCUUAGAGUCUUUCCUCGAUUUGAUCCACUACGAGAUCGACUUUGCAUUUAUCAAUGACGAAUUCAACAACAACAAGAAUAUUCUCCACGAAUGCUGCUCUAUCCCGCCAGACUCUACCCACGAGAGAAGCCAUCACGUCAUUAUCAACAACGGUGUCAAGGUUAUCAAUUCAACGGAUUCGAUAAACCAUUCUAGAACGUUCAUCAUACAACACAUCAUGAACAACUUGGACCAACAACAGAGAGCAAAUCUCUUGAUCUGCAAGGAUUUCAACGGAAGAACCUGUUUGCAUUACGCUUCUCAGAAUAAUCGGUUAGAUUUACUUGAGAUAUUGACUACAUAUUUCCCCAAGGAGCAUAUAGACGAUUUGGACAACGAUUCAAUGUCUCCAUUAUUAUUAGCUAUUAAGCACGGAAACCUCAAUGUCAUCAAGAAGUUGGUACAACUGGGAAGUAACUGCUUUCCUCAGAAUGAUGAAAGUAAAUUGCAAUAUUUGCCUAUCAAUUAUGCCUGUAAGUUUGGCGAAUACAAGACGUUGGAGUAUUUGCUCUCUUACAGCAAACCUACUAAUAAUAAUGAACAGUUGAACCAGCAAGAUGUGGAAGGGUUGCCACCUUUGCAUGUUAUUGCUAGGUCAGGUCACUAUAAGCUAAUCAAGUUGUUGAUUCAGUACGGUGCCGAAAUCAACCGUGUAGAUGGUUUCAACAAGUGGACACCCAUCUUUUAUGCAGCUUCUGAAGGACAUGUCAAAACUACACAAGAAUUAGUGAAGUUGGGUGCAAAGUUGAACAUUGUGGACGAGGAUGGUUACAACGUCUUGUACUACUGUGUUGUAGAGGGUCAUAUCAACGUGUUGAAUGAAUUAUUGAAUCACUACAAUACAAUUCAAUCCAACCAAAAGCGUGAAAACAUUAAUACAAUCAACACAAUAAUAAGUGAGGAAAUCAUCGCUAGCAAACAACAACAGAAUUCCAGUACUGAUAGUAACAAUUCUAUGUCAAUCUUGGUGGAGAAUGAUGACGACUCUGAGGAUAGCGGAAGCAUCGAUAAGAAUAAUGUGGAUAGUAUUCCGGACUUGCAAUUACCACCUCCAAUCUUGCCUUUGAGAAGAUACGGUCAUAAUUUCUUAGAACAGAAGGUAUUGAUUGAAUUGAUCUUCCCCAGUGAUGCAGAGUUUAUCAAUUUCUUUAACUCGACUACAGAUUUAAAACCAGGCAGAAUAACCUUGACAUCCAAUAACUCUGAUAUUGUUCCUAGAAAUAUCUUGCUUCCUAUUGCAGACGACACCAAAGCGAUCAACAAUUGCGUUUUCCAGACGGAAGUUGAUUCAUUGAAUGAGUUCAGAAUUGACUUUGAGAUCUUUCCCAAGUUUGGUACCAGAUUAAUUGCAAAGACUACCGCUUUAUCUUUUUCGCAGAUUGACACCUCAUCUCCAGAAAUAAACUCAAUUCAACUUCCUCUCUUUGACUUAAGAUUGAGAAACAUUGGUGAAUUGAAAUUUAAUUACCAAGUCAUUUUUCCGUUUUCUGGUACAUUGUUGGAGACGUCGAAGUUUGACACUUACUGGAAAUCGUCUACAAGCUUUGUAAAGAAUAGGCAGACAUUGAAAUUGAACGCUGCUGGAGGAUUGUCACCUAAUAACUUUUUGUCGCCUUCUAGCAUUAACUCUAUGAUUGGUUCUUCUUCAACUGCUUCCAAGAGUAAUGCAUCUGGAAAUGGCAACAGCAACUUGAUUAACAAUCCUCUUACCUCUACCAAUGAAUUAGUCUCUGGCUCUACACCGUCUUCAAUCGUUACUGCUACGUCUUUAUCUGGAGAAUAUCUCAGAAUCAAGAUAUGUUUGCUUAAUGACGGUACACCGGUUGUAUGCCCUCAUUGGUCUAUUCCUAUUACUGAAAAUAUUGACCUCUACUUGCCUAAUUUGUCCUUAGAACAAUUAAGCUCCAUUACAAACGACUUAUUUGAUUACGGCAAGGUAAUUCACGAUUUGUCUGGAAUGACUAUUAAAGAUAUUGUCUUGAUAAAGAAACUUUUGAGAAUCAUUUACUUACCAUUGGAUGUGUUAUUGGAGAUUUUAAAUGUUGAAAUCAAUUUGAACUUAGAGUUAGUUUUUCCAUCCCUUUACGAAUUGGAGAAUUUGCCAUUCAUUGGUAACAUACAGCUGAACUUGAACAACUUUAUUGACUUCACUUUGAAUGACGUCUUUAAUCACAUUCGGUCAUCUAAAUUGAGCCAUGGUUCUUCUGGAAGAUCAAUCAUCUUUCUCUCCUCGAAUUCUCUUAUUUGCAAGAUUUUGAACUGGAAACAACCAAAUUUUCCUGUUUUCUUGAUCAUGAAUGGCAUUGCUUACAAUGGCAAUAAACGAAAGUUUGAAUCCAGAACUGCCAACGGCUUAUUGAUUGAAGAUAUUCAAAAGUCAAAGGCUGCCAGCGGACAUCAGCCAAUCACUCCAGAUUCAAAACCACCCAACAAGUCAUCUCGCGAUAAAAUUGUCAGCAACCACCAGGAAGUUACAAUUAGAUCUAUCAAAGAGGCUGUGAACUUCACGAUCAACAACAAUUUGAUUGGUUUAAUCACUUCAAUUCACUUGUUGGAUUUGGUUCCCAAGUUGGUCCCUUUGAUUAGAUCCAGAGGUCUAGUGUUGGUUGCUUCCAGUGAUGUUGGUGACGAGGAGAACGAAGAAUCUCUUCAGAAGGAAUUGGAUUCGUACACGAGAACCGAAAUCAACGGUUUGAGAUUUGAUGACGUCUUGAGCUUCAAAGAAGAUAUCACAAUGUGAGGUACAUAGCAUAGGUUUUAUUUAUUGUAUAUUAAUGUAUCGGUUACUUU